CUUGAAUCGAAAGUUCGAUAACUAUCGAGAAUCGUGCAACCCUAUAAAUAUAUUCAUCGGUUGAUCGAUACUCAAGUAUUACUCACAUUCAAAUUCAAUCAACGAUCAGAUAUUGUUAAUAAGAAGAUUCGAAUUCUCUUUCUCGAUCAUGGCCGAAAACAAUGUUCCUGUUACCAAUCAAUCAGAGGUUGAGAUGGAAGAACAGAGGUUGAAGUACCUGCAAUUUGUACAAAUGGCAGCUCUCCAUGCUCUUCUUUAUGCUUCAAAAGCAUAUAGUUAUGCCAAGAACAACUCCGGUCCACUCAAACCCAAGGUGGAGACGAUAGAGGGUACCCUAAAGACCGUUGUCAGCCCUGCGUACGACAAGUACCAUCACGUUCCUGUUGAGGUCCUAAAGUUUGUUGAUCGUAAGGUAGAUGAGACGGUUGACAAAUUCGGCAAUCGGGUGCAGCCUUUUGUGAAACAAGUGUCAACUAAAACCAAGAACUUGUCUGCAGAGGUUAAGACUGCUGGGCUGGCAAAAACCGCGUACACAAAGCUUGAGCCGACUGCUAAAGGACUCUACACAAAAUACGAGCCGGUUGCUGAGCAAUAUGCUGUUUCGGCUUGGCAAUCACUGAACCAGCUUCCACUCUUCCCUAAGGUGGCUAAGGUGGUGGUGCCAACAGCUGCUUACUGUUCAGAGAAGUACAACCAAACCGUGCAGCAAACAGCAGAGAAAGGGUACAAGGUUUCUUCGUAUCUUCCGUUGGUGCCGACCGAAAGGAUUGCUAAGGUGUUCAACCCUGUUGAGCCGGUGGGCACGAGUGGAGGUGAAGGGGUGGUUGUGUCACAUUAGGGUUGUAUGAUGUUGUGGUUUGAUUGUUGUGAUGAAAGCUGGAAUUAGAUAUUGUGUAAAUGUUUGUUUUGGUUUAUGUUCUGUUAUACUACCUUAGAUCUAUUUUUUCGCAUAUAGUUUUGUGUUAUGUUCAA